AGAGCCGCAAUGCAAGAUACUUAUGGCUGCAUUAACUGGCAUUUAAAAUUCCUGCCCCUUGGAGAGACCAAAGAGAGCCAGCGAGAAAAGAAAGAACAACUGAAAAGGAUGUUUCUGCGAACUGAAACAAAUGCAGAGGAGGUCAAGCAUCUAAUGAAGUUGACUUUCUAUACACAGCGUAAACAAGUCAACCAAGGGGAAAAUAUGAAACAUCUCCUCAAAGAGUGGCCAUUUUGGUUCAGCGAGCUUGGCAUGACAGUCCACUUUAAGGAACUUACUGGAAUUGGGCUCAUAGAAACUUUCACACGGAAUGUGGUUCUGAAGGGGAAACGACUCUUGAACUACUUCAAUACUGUUGGUGUAAACAAGAACAAAAAGUUCCCACAGGCUGUAACGAACAUGAAAGUGAUCAGGGGAGAGCUGAGUGAUGGCUCUGAAGAUGUCAAAGAGAUGUUGCUGCUUUUGUUGUCUUACUUUAAUGAUAAGGAAGACACAAUGUUCUGUUAUGUGGAGGACACCUGCCUGCCAGAGGAAGUACCGAUGGGUCAAGUUCAUCUGACUCCCAGCCUUGUUGUAUGUGGUCGAUCGUGUUUUUCUGCGAAGCGGUUCAUGCUAUGUGUGGAUCAAAACAUUGUUCACAUCAAUUUCCCCUCCUUCAUUUCCGCAGUGUGCUUGAUGUUUGGCAGCUAUUACUGCUUUAAUAUACACUACCCAUCACAGCUGGCAUCAACUCUUGAGUUUAUGCAGAGGUGUUUUUUUUCCAUCAACCCAGAGAAGGGCACUAAGGUGGAGAAGACAAACACAUCACGUCUCCAUGUAAACCCUAGAGUUCUGACCUUGAUUCAGGAACUUUCAGAUCAUGAGUGGCGUGAUGUCUAAAACUUUGAAUAUGGACUGAAGUCAAUAAGAUUUCUGACAUGUAAUGAUGCGCCAUAGUCUUACCUUAACCGUUGGUUUCAGCUCCUGUGUUUUGUUCUUAGGAUUGGCCAGAUCAUUUCAGACAAAAUUGAUACAGACAAGUUUGUGUACAAAUAACUUUAAUAUUUGUUAAAUUUUCUGAUUUGCCAUCAUCUACCUCAAUUUAAAGAGCUUUUUGUAGAUAUUGGUAUAUUUGUUUCAUUGCAUGUAAAGAGGAAAAUGCAGUGAUCCUUAAAAGGUGUUAAAAGUUCUGUGCAUUGAACACCCUUAAUUGUUUUUUACGGAAGAGGGAUUAGGGCCACUGGUGAAUUUUUUUUUUUAAUUCUGACUUUAAUUUUCUGAAUUCUGACUUUAAACUCAG